GAGAGAGAGGGAGUGAGUGAGUCCCUCGCGCGCGGAGCAAUGGAUGCCUGGGUGGCAACAAAGAGCUAGUGUCCUGGUUUCGCCUGGCCGCUGAAUCGGAGCCUUUGAGGGAGGAGGCAGCCGCGGGGUUUAGUGGCGGUGCCCAAGGGAGGCAGGCAGGCAGGCAGGCAGGGACAAGCCUCCUGCGAGACUGGCACCACGCAGCCGCCUUCCCUCCCUCCUUUCCUCCCGUCGCCCUCGCCGCCAGAGAGAAAACAGCCGAGCCCCAGGAAGCGCCCCACUCGGGUCCCACGCGCGUCUGCCCCACCAUGUGGCAGAGGCAGUAUGUGACGGCCCAGCAGUUGGCCGGAUUCCGACAUUACAAGUACAGUGCUGUGGACACAAAUCCUUUAUCCGUCCAUAUUAUGCAGCCAUUAUGGGACAGAAUAGUUAAGAUAGUGCCUUUGUGGAUUGCUCCAAAUCUUUUAACCUUCAUUGGAUUUUUGAUGAUAUUAAUUAAUUUUUUUAUAUUAUCCUUUUACGACUGGGACUACACUGCAUCAGCUUCCAGUCCUGGGUUGAUUCCGACAUGGGUUUGGGUGUUUGGUGGUUUCGUCACCUUCUGUGCUUAUACUUUAGAUUCUAUAGAUGGAAAACAUGCUCGAAGGACUCAGUCCAGUACACCUCUGGGAGAGUUGUUUGAUCAUGGACUAGACAGCUGGGCCUCCUCAGUUCUUGCUCUCUCCUUUUAUUCCAUGUGUUCCCGUACAAAUAGGAAAUCUGGAAGUACUGUCUUUACCAUGUAUUUGGCAUUAAGUGUCAUCUUGUUAAAUUUUAUGUUUUCGCACUGGGAAAAAUACAACACAGGAGUUCUUUUUCUACCAUGGGGAUAUGAUGUAAGCCAAGUGGUUUUAAUAGGCAUGUAUUUGCUAACUGCUGGAUUGGGAGUCGAAGUUUGGCAGAAGCCUCUCAUCUUUGAUUAUUAUCUCACAGACACACUAAUAAUCCUCCUGAUAGUCUGCUGCAUAAUUCUUUCCCUUCCACAGACGCUCUACAACAUUUACAUAGCACAUCGAAAUAAAACACUACUCAAAGAUUCUUUGUACGAGGGACUUCUACCACUAUUAUCCCCAACGGUGCUCUUUAUACUUUUCACCAUUUGGGUGACUCACUCUCCAUGUGAAAUAUUAAAGAAACAAACAAGAUUGUUUUUAUGGAUGGUUGGAGUUAUUUUUGCAAAUAUCAUGUGCAGAAUGAUCAUUUGUCAAAUGACUAAUACAAGAUCUGAAGUGCUUCACUGGCUUAUGGGUCCACUAGCUGUCGUGGUCUUCACAGCAACGUCGGGACUUCAGGGCAGAUUAGAGGAACCAAUAUUUAUUGGAUUUACUAUCUUCGUCACAGCUGCUCACAUCCACUAUGGAUACUGUGUGGUGAAACAACUGAGCAAAAAUUUCAACAUCUACACCUUUUCCUUGAAGAAGUCCUGACAAAAAUGAAUUUGGUGUCUACAAUAUUUAUAAAACCAGUUUGUAUUUCUGUACUACUGAAAUGUAGAAAUAUCUGCAUCGAGCAAAGAUCUCUUAACAAAAAGUGGAAGGGGUGUUCAAAGUAAAACCAUGUUAUAUACCAGGAGUUCUAACCAAAAGAAUUCGAAAUGGUUUCCCUUAUUCAUCCUGUAGCGACCAUAAAACACCAUCUUGUUGAUUGAA